AUACUAGAGAGGAAAGUAUCAGAAUCCCAUUUCACCAAUACCAAAUUACAAGCUUUUGUGGACCUGCCUUCUUGGAGACAAUGCGGAGCGCUGUUAUCUGUGUCGCCUUUGCCAUGGCCAUGAUGUUUCCUCAUGACGGUGCUGCGAUACCACCAGAUUACAAAGAUGGCAUGGCGUUGACCAGUCGUAGAGUCGAUUAUCCAGAUGAUUUCGAUGAUUAUUUCUUGAGAAUUCGUCGUAGCCUCGAUGAUCCAGAUGAUCUAGAUGACUAUUUCUUGAGAAUUCGUCGUAGCAUCGAUUAUCCUGAUGAGGGUGCCUUUACUAGUACUGAAAGUGAAGAGCCUUCUGAUACAAGAGUCCCUAAGCGAAGGUUCUUCAUCCACUCAGCCACUAAAUACGGAAGAGCAAAGAGGAGCAUGUAUGGGGAGCAUGAAUAAUCGACAUUACUGUCAUGGAUUCUCUCUACAUUACCAAAUAAAUUUUUCCCGCAUUG